AUAAGGAGGAGGGUUUAGUGGUGUUUCUGAGGGCAUAAAUGUCCAUUAGUUGUACAAUAGGAUAAUCGAACAGCUCGUGCAGUCGUCAUUUAAUCGUUUAGUGUGGUGUAGUGUCGUUUCGGUAAAUUGUGUCCACUAGUGUAUCAUGAAACUCAUUUGUACGGAAUCUUCAACGUUAUCAAUUAUCAUACAAUUAAUUAAAAUUCAGUGCCAUACGUCUUGAUUGUUUUUUUGUUUCCCGUCAAAUCCGUAUUGCUCGAUAAUAUCGAAUGUGGAUUCUAGAACAAUAAGCGUUACGUGAUUUUUAAACGUUAACAAGUGCUAACCAGGAUUUUCCAAAACCACAGUGGGUUCCAGCUAUAGCGCCAUCCUCAACGCAUGAUGAUACUUGGAUGGACUGAAAAGGGAAUUGUAUAGACAUUUGAAGGAACUAUCCCUUGAAAUUUAACGGCAAAAUAUGGAACCACCAUUGACUAGUAAAGUGCUAAGAGCCCCCAAUCUUAAACGGGGACAAGAAAACAUUAGGAUACAAGAUCGAAUCAAAUUAGAACGGGUGCUGGGCGUGACUGUAUCGAGUAACGCAGCACUCGAUUGCGACACAACAAGUGACCUAGUCGCCUAUCCUGCGGGAUGUACUGUUGUGCUAUUCAAUCCCCGAAAGAAUACCCAAACGCACGUUUUGAAUGGCUCUCGAAAAACUGUGACAUCCCUGGCCCUAUCCGGAGAUGGUCGACUAUUGGCGACGGGUGAAUGUGGUCAUACACCUAACGUCCGUGUAUGGGACAUAUCAGAUCCUCGGAAUGCCAUUCAAAUUGCCGAGUUUCCCAGUCACAAAUACGGAAUAAAUUGUGUCGCAUUUUCACCGAGCAACAAAUACGUUGUGUCCGUUGGUUCUCAACAUGACAUGAUCGUCAAUGUCUGGGACUGGCGGAAUAAUGUAAAGGUCGCAUCAAACAAAGUCUCGAGUAAGGUGAAGGCCGUAUCGUUUGCGGAAAGUGGUAAUUAUUUUGUGACCGUUGGCAACCGACAUGUUAAAUUUUGGUAUCUCGAGUACUGUCGAAAUGCUAAAUAUCAAGAGCCAGUACCUCUCAUGGGUAGAUCAGCAAUAUUGGGUGAACAACGUAACAAUGAUUUUGUGGAUGUUGCUUGUGGUUGUGGAGAAAUGGCGGAUUCGACCUAUGCAAUAACAAAAACCGGUCUUCUAUGUGAAUUCAAUAAUCGUAGAUUGUUGGACAAGUGGGUAGAAUUAAGAACAACAAGUGCCAAUUGCAUAGCAGUGGGUGAAAAAUCUAUAUUUAUUGGCUGUGCUGAAGGCAUAAUAAGAUGUUUUUCACCAACAACACUACAGUUUAUAACAACAUUACCGAGAACUCAUUAUCUUGGUGUAGACGUUGCUCAGGGACUGUCGAUAGAUCAUAUGUCACAACAUCCAUCAAAUGCACGAUAUCCCGAUGCAAUAGCACUCGCAUUCGAUGAACAAAAUAAUAAAUUAACUUGUGUCUACAAUGAUCACAGCAUUUAUGUCUGGGACAUACGUGAUAUUCGGAGAGUGGGAAAAUCUCAAUCAUUUCUGUAUCAUUCGGCUUGUAUUUGGGGAGUGGAAAUGUAUCCCAGUGGUAAUGAAUCAGUAAAUUCUAUGCCACCUGGUUCUUUUGUUACCUGUUCAAGUGAUGAUACAAUUAGAAUUUGGAAUCUUGAGAAAGAUUUGCCACCCGAUGAUACUUUGUACAAUCGUAAUAUAUACAGCAAUGAAUUGCUUAAAGUGCUUUAUGUUGAUCCUGAAUUGACGUAUCUCAAAGAUUUAGAUUUAGCAGCGGCGGGUACGACAGAUAAAAAUGACUCUUCAUAUGAUUCACGUAAUGGUGUACGAUCGAUUAGAAUAAGUCCAGAUGGUAGACACUUAGCAUCGGGUGAUAGAUGUGGAAAUAUUCGAAUACACGAUGUAUCCACAUUGGAUGAAACUUGUGUAAUUGAAGCUCACGAUGCUGAAGUAUUGUGCUUGGAGUAUUCGAAAUAUACAAAAUUUCCCUCGGAACUACCAAGACUCCUAGCUAGUGCCUCUAGAGAUCGUUUGAUCCAUGUAUUCAAUGUCGAUGAGGGCUAUGAUUUCCUUCAGACUUUGGACGAUCACAGUUCUUCAAUCACUGCUGUUAGAUUUUUCAAUCAAAGCGAUAAACUUCAAAUGGUUUCGUGUGGAGCUGAUAAGAGUAUUAUUUUUCGUCAACUCCAAGGUACACCUGGUGGUUCACCUCAAUUCUCAAGGGGUCACAAUGUUGCGGGUAAAACGACCCUCUAUGAUAUGGAACUUGAUUCCGGCCAAAAACAUAUUUUAACUGCUUGCCAAGAUAGAAAUAUUAGAGUAUACAGUGCUGCAACUGGUAAACAUAAUAAAACAUUUAAAGGUUCUGUUGGAGAAGAUGGAUCAUUGAUUAAGGUUGUUCUUGAUGCUUCGGGAAUUUAUGUUGCAACAUCAUGCACAGACAAAACCUUAUGCGUUUACGAUUAUUAUAGUGGUGAAUGUAUGGCAACAAUGCUGGGACAUUCUGAAUUAGUGACGGGACUGAGAUUUAGUCCAGAUUGUAGACAUUUAGUUUCAGCCAGUGGUGAUGGCUGUAUAUUUGUCUGGAAAGUACCACAUGAUAUGGUAGUGACAAUGCAAGCACGAUUAGCUCAACAAGCAAUGAGAGCUGGAAAAAAAAAUCCCACACCAAAUGAUAGUGAACAGUUGGAGCAGGAAACAUUUGGCUCACCACCACCUGAAUUUUUAGAACCAAACGCUAACUCCACGAUGCAGUCCCUCAUUGAUUAUCGAUUCAGUGUUGGACAAUUACCACAGUGGGCUAAAAAACAGAUAAACACAAGUACCAGUGCAACUGAAGAAUCCAUUGGAUCAUCUGGUGUGAGAUCAUUGGGUGUUGACAUGCCAAAAGGACGAUGGGCCCAAAGAGUUCAACAGGCUGAUGGAAUUACAGUUAAAUCUGUGUAUGACAGUGAUGAAAUUAUACCAUUUCCACCUCCCCGCGGUGCCAUAGAUUCGGAUGGUGGAGGUGGAGGCCUUGGUGGUUCUAAAGAUAGUUCAAUUGAUAGUGGUACCGAGACUAAGUGCAGCAGUGAUUAUCGUAGAGAGACAAUGACGAUCAAGAGGGAUGAUGGCGAGUUCAGUAGUUUCCAACCGUGCCCUGAUAGUUACAGAGAAUUGGUGGAUGAUUCGAAACAGAUGAAGGGUGGCAACGUAACAGUAACUAGAGGUAACAAUGACACGGAGUUCAUACGGCAAUCGAGAACACGGCACCACACUGAUGAUAGCAGUUUUGGGAGUUUGAAGUUUGAGGACCAUGAGAGUACGGAACACGAUGGUGAUAUAGAAGAUUAUUCUGAGGGUGAAAAUGGUACAACGAGCUCCGAAAAAUCGCACCAUCAUCUCGUAUAUUAUCCACCGACAGAAGAUAUUGUUUCAAACCAGUUUAAAGUCAAUGCCAUGGAUGUGGAAGAGCUUCGACGAUCUCAAAGGCGGAGUAAGAAAAUACGUACGACUGAAACUGGACGUAAUGAGUUGGCUUCAGGAAGUCAAGAUGAUUCAGAUUCCGAAGGUGGCAUUUCAACUCCCAGUGCAGAGCGUAAUCCACUGUCAAUGUUGUCUGAGACUAGUUCAGAAGGUUUCGAUCAACUUGCUAAUCAAAGUCACCGCGAGAAGUAUUUGAAAAAUGCUUUUGAGUCACUUAGUGGAGCUGAUGAACCUACAAAUCGGAAGAAUACAAGUAUUAGUGCGCAAUUCCAUGGAAGGAAUAGUGGUGGAGAUGGGGUUAAGAGCCGCACCCCACCCAAGAUUAAUGUUCCUAACAAUCCGAAGAAGGAUGUCAAUGUAACGAAAAAUCGAGAAGAGCUCAAGAGACGCAUUGAAGAGACCAGAAAGAAAUUACAAAGUGUCGGCUACAAGUCAUCAUUAAAAUCAAGUCAAAGUAUUUCGGAUCUGAGUAGUCACAUACCGCAUCGUCAUCAUCGACAGAACCGGAUCGGAACAGUUACGGGAACGAGAGGUGAUACUUCAACGAAUUUCAACCACGAGGAUGGCGAUGAGAGCAGUGGUAUGAGACGUGCCUGUUCCUUGAGUGAUUUGUCUGUCAACCCGUCCAACAGGUUACUGCAUGCUCCGAUACGAGUUUCAGGUAAGACGUCAGUAAAAAAUUCGAAUCAAUUGAAAAAUUCUUCUGGAAAUGCUACUUCUGGAUCAAUGUCUUCUCGAUAUGGAUCAAGUAAAAUACAUUCAAAUCAUAUGACGCGAAGUAGUAGUGUUGGAGUUUUAAAUCAACAAAGUGAUUCAGAAUCGGACGCCGGCAUAACUUCGGGUGGAAGACACUGGUCAAGUCAAGCUCAGAGUAACCGCAUGACUGGUUUGAUGAGGCCCACGAUCAGUUCACAAAAUAAAAUCAAUUAUCAAACCAAGCACAAUUCAAAUUCGAGUAAUAAUCUACCAAUGGUAUUAAGAAGACGCGGCAUGCAAAGUUCUUACUCAAGUGUUAAUCUAAGUCAAGUUGGUAAUCAGGAGGAUUCGAGUUCCGAAGAUACUUCGUCGAACGGUAAUAGUGUAAAACCUAUGCUGCCUCCUAGACCAAAGAGCAUCAACAUAGAACCUCCUUCUAGUUUGAAUCUUAUUCCGACGAUUCGACGAUCUGCAUCAAACGCAACGAUAGCAAAUGGUAGAGCAGUGAGUUCAAUCGCUCAAGGUGGCCCAAGGCUCUCUAGUCGAAAGCAAUUGGAUCCCAGUCCACAAGAACUUCCUGUUAAAGAUACUGACCAGACCAUCGACGUUGCUAGUGUUGAAUUGGACACUGAUAGAAAACUAGUAUCGCCACACCUCUGCAAUACAAUAGCAGACGAAUUAACUCGCACUGCUGACAAUGUUGUCCAACUCUACAAAAGAUUAACGAUGGAUCAUGCCGGAAACUCGUCAGGGGAAAUUAUUGACCGAGACACAAUGUUACGUGGUUUAGAGUCAUCAGUCAACGAAGCAAUGAGGACACUGCGCCUAGUUGCAGCCGAAGCGAGUAACAAAGAUACAAAUAUUGAAGGCCAGUUGCCAACAAACGAGGCAACAGAAACCUUUCAGGAAUUAUUGGCCGGUCACGAUCAAGGUAGAGUCGUUAACAUGAUGCAACAAUAUUCGGAUAUGCUAUUGAGUAUGAUGCAACAGCGAAUGGGUGGUGCACAGUCCAAUCAUGCUUAAAUAUUUAUUACCUUCGAUAGGAUAGAACAUCGUAGGAGAAUUGAAAUAGUCGAAGAUGGGAUUGGAUGAUUUUUUAAUGUAUUUCUGUGAGCCAUGGAAUUAGGGUCGAAGGGAUGAAUGAUUUGAUUUUACUCCAAAUAUCGCCGAAACUAACGAAGGAAAUUGAACAAAUCUCAUCUUACACUAGAGCCGGGAAUAAGCACUUUAUAAAUUUUCUGAAUAAUUACGGUUUUACAAGAGAUUUUGAAUUAUUUAGAGUCGAAAACAUGUCGCUUUUUUCCCAGUUUCCUUAAUAUUCAUAACAACGAUGGUUAUGGUCGCCCUGGUGCAUUGAUCGUGUUGUCACAGCCACAGUAAUUCUUGUUCAAAUUGAAUGAAUGAACUUAAAUGAUAAUUCAUAAUUUCUAGUAGUGAAAGACCCCAUGGUUGCUAAUAUACUUCUCUGAAAAAUUGAGAUAAUUGAAGAAUUGUAAUGCCGUCGAGCGAUAAGCCAACAAAAUGCCAAUUACUAAAGACUCAUACUAGAUUUAUAUAGAACAUAAUAGGUGUAUAUCGAUUAUCAUAUUAGUGUCUUCUUAAUCGUUUAUGUAACCAAAGGCUGUUUGUAAUUACAAUGUGUUAGUCGAAAAUAAAAUUAUUCGAUGAAAAUGUGAAGAAUUGAACAGAGUUUCAAGUACAUCAUUAUAUGCUGAUGAGAUCAAAUGAACUCACUUAAUUCAUUGAUACGCGUCAAGUUAGUGAGAUAGUUUAAAUGCUUAUAUUAUCUCGGAGAGUGUUUGUCGGUGGUUAGCGAACGAUCUCCAUUUUUUUUUUCUUCAUUCACUUCGUUAGUUUCGUGGAAGGAAUGGGCUAUUUUCCGUUGUUCGCCCUGAACGAAAAUCAGUAAGGGUUAGAAAUUACAUUCGGUUGAUUUUUACAUUAAAAAAAAGGCAUUUUUGUCUUUGAUUUUGGGUCCACUUUACCUUUGUUUUUGUCUCUUGUUUAAGUGCAAAAUUAGUUUCGUUUGUUUAUAAAAAAUGAUGAUCUUUUAAUUGAAAUACAAUUUUUCCGUACGGCUAUGCACUUUUCCCGUCCGGGGAUUGGUACGAGCCCUUCCUUGAACUCGAAAAAGUUCCAAUCGCUACGGAUAAAUAUCGUCCAUGACAAGACAGAAACCCUCAUGGCACUCGUGCUGAAAAUACUAUUCUGAGCAUUUCGUUAUGGAGUUGGUAUAUUUUUUCGCAUUUCCCAAAUACGUUGAGGCCGACUGGAUAUAAAAAAAUGCGGGACUAAAAAAAUAAUGGCUUGUCUUGGAAUAAAAUAUUGCAAUAGUAUAGUUCGAUACGAUUGCGACGGAUUUUUUGUCGGUGCAUGUGUCAAGUAUAGUUUUUACAUUGGUGUUACAUUCGACGAAUGACCCUUUAUAUUUCCAAGCAAGGAGGAUGUCCCAGUAGCUGACUCUGACAGGAAAAAAAAUCGCCUGUAUUUAUGACACAAGUUAAGUACCUUUCAAACUAUGGCAUCUUGAUGCUCAUUGAAUAGAAAAUCAAUUUUCUUAUCUUAGUUAAAAAAUCAAAUUACUCAGAGAAUGUGACACCAGUAUAAGCAACAAAUAAUGUAACGCAGAAGUAUUAUCAGAAAAGAUUGUCAAAAUUAUUAAUUUCUUUUACAUUACUGUUCUAUGUUUUUUUCUUUAUGAACUAUUUUGUAUAAUUCACCUGUUUUGAUGUGCCAUUUAUUAAGCCGAACACUUCUGUGUAAAAGUUAAUCGUUUUGUUGAGAACCGAGACGUCAUUCUAAAUUAAAUUUUUGCUCAUAAGUUAUUCUCGAUAUUUGUUAUGUAACAAUAAAAAUGGAGACAAUUAUUAGUUACUAAAAAUGAAUUCUCGAUCGAGCUGUUUAUUAAUCUUUAUAGGAGAGUAAAAAUGGAGAAAGGAAAAUGUUCAGAGUAUUUUUUUUGUCCAUUUGUUAUUCUCAUGGUAAUACACAUUUAACGUGAUAUACGUCACUAACUAAAAUCAUAAAUGAGUGUUCGAAAUUGAUAUUGACUUAUGCAUUUUGUAAUUUGUAUUUUACAUUAAUAACGGAGUAGUACCAGAAUGUAGACUAAAAAACUUAUUUAGGAGAAAUAAUUAUUCGAAUCUCAAAAAUUUUGGUCAAUCGUCUUAUAAUCACAGAUGAUGGAUGUUCUAUAUUCAUUGUAAUAAUUGCCAAAAAAGAGUAUAUUUUUAAUCCUAAGCAGAAACAUAAUGUUUGAUGAAGUUCUUUUAAUAAAAUAUGCAAAAACAAAA